UCAGGCCUCGACGAAGAGUGGUGGGCGAUGGCGCUGCUCUUCUGGAUCGCCAUGUGGAAUGGGCCCAUGAUCGACAAGGACGGCGCGACCCCCUACUUCAGGAGGCACGCGGCGCCACCACCGCGCAAGCAGCACGCCUUUGGCGCCCUAGUGCUGUUUCACCCGCGCCGGCUGGUGCCGCAGCAGGACGCGGAGCCACUGCGCGACGGGCUGCAGUCUCGGCCCGCGCCCGCCGCGCUAAUCGAGCUCACCAUCGGAUGCGCAGUGGGCACGGCGUUCCCAGAGGGCGCCACGUUCCCGAGGCAGCGCACGGCGAUUCAUGGGGCCACAUUCGACGAGGCCCUGCCGGCCUCCCACAUCGCAGACGACGCCGAGUCCUGGGAUGUCCUGGAGGACAAGGGCGACGUCGACGUGGAGGCGGCGGAGCUCUUCGACGGCGCGUGGCAGGCGAACGCCGCCAAGUUCGACUCCAGCGUGCCCCUGGGCCACGCGCUGGCUCGAUCGACCGAUGCGGACGAGGCGGUGACGGAGUCAGCCUGGCACGCGCGCCACCGCGGCCACGACGCCCGCCAGCCCGCGAGCCCGGAGUGCGGGUUGGCAGCGGGCGUGCUCCCCAGAAGGAGCCUCGCGCGGAGCAGGAGCGAGUCGAUGCACUUGGCUCUGCGGCGCAGGAGCAGAGAAGGUCCGAAUGGCUACGGGCAGUGCAACGAAGGUCUGCCCGGCCACAGAAGUCGCGAGAGGUUCGACUCCGACUGCCGGGCGCCCCCGGCCGCCAAGGGGGCGCAGCGGGGCAGGGCACCGAUUAUCCGCGA